AUGAUUUUGGGAUUUGAGUUUGCUUUGUGUGAACUAUUGAGCGAGAUCAUAUUUAUGAAUUAUUCUAAUUAUUUAUUGAUUGCAACAACAUUGUUGUUUAUUGUUUUUGCACAUUCAAAUCAACCACCAUCGACACCAUACAGCCAAGAUGUUGGUCUCACCUAUUUAUUAUUCUCCUACACUGCAAUGUGUGAACCAUCAGUGAUUGAAUCAUGGAGUUGUAAGAGAUGCUCAGAAUACUUCCCAACUGCAACAAGUCCACGUGUUUACUAUCAUAAUGCAACCGAUAUCAUUGGAUACUCUGUUAUCUACAACAAUACAAUCAUUGCUGUUUUCAAAGGUACAACAGGAUUUCUAAAUGUAAUAGUCGAUAUUGAGUUCCUCCGAAAAGACUAUCCAAAUGUUCCGGGUGCAAAAGUACACGAUGGAUUCUAUGACAGUUGGCUCGAUGUCAGAUCACAAGUACAAGAAGGAAUAACCAACCAAUUUAAAGAGUGUCCAGAUUGCAGUUUAUUCGUAACCGGUCAUUCAAUGGGUGGAGCUAUUUCAACUUUCUGUACAUUAGAGUUAUUGGAUUGGUUCCCAAAUGUACCAUUAUUCACUUAUACAUAUGGAUCACCAAGAGUUGGUAAUAAUGUUUUUGCAGAGUACUACAACAGUAGACAACCAAAUACCUGGAGAGUAACCAACCAAAAGGAUUUGGUUCCUCAUCUUCCACCACAAGAAUCAGUCAAUGAAUAUCAUCAUGUACCAAAUGAAAUUUGGUAUCCUCAUAAUGUAACUAGCUAUGUGAUAUGCGAUGACAGCGGAGAGGAUCCAUCGUGUUCUGAUUCUGUCAAUCCAUUGGAAUACAGUAUAAAAUAUCAUUUGGAAUAUUUUGGACAAGAUUGUAAUUGUGUUUAA